GUUCCUCUAUGGUAUAUAAUAUGUUGCCAUCUGUUGGAUGGUUUUGUUGCCACCAUUCUACACAUUCGCAACCGAUUGCGACUUGUGUCUGAAAAGCAGCAACACUGUCUCUAGAUCAACGAUUCAGCUCAUCCCAGAUCUGGUACCCCCUCCAUCAUCUUGAUUGCCAUGUCGUUACAUCAGGCGUUGGCUGCUACGUGGCUUCUUCUCGAAAUUGCAAUUGCCUAUGCGUUCGGCCUUGCAAUCUACAGGCUUUAUGUGCACCCUCUCCGCAGCAUCCCCGGACCGAAGCUUUUCGCAGUAUCUGGGUUUCCCCUGGCGAUCGAACUCUAUAUACGAGGGUUAUUCAACAAGGACGUGCUGCAGCUACACGAAAAGUAUGGUGACAUUGUUCGUACUGGGCCGAAUCACUUGUCCUUGAAUGGAAGCAUUGCGUGGCCUGAAGUAUUUGGGCAUGGUCGCAGCGGCCAACCUGAAUUCUCUCACUGGAGGGACUUCUACACAGGUGGAGACAAGUACCACCAAUCUCUCUUUGUAGCCGAUAGAGAGAACCAUCGGCGACAUCGCCGUCUAAUGGCCCACGCUUUCUCGGAUGCCGCUAUCAAGGAGCAGGAGACGUUAGUUACGAAGUACGUUGACAUGCUCUUUGACCACUUACGAAAGCAUGCCGCGCAGCAAACGCCAUCAGACAUGGUCAAAUGGUACAAUUUCACAACUUUCGAUAUCAUUGGGGAUCUAGUCUUCGGAGAACCAUUUGAAUGUCUCGCCAGCAGCAAUUAUCAUUCGUGGGUCGCUAUGAUUUUCGGUAGCAUCAAAGCUGGCUCCGGGAUGCUUGCAUUCAAGAGAAUGCCGCUUCUCGGUGCGGCCCAAUCACUGACAGUCUCUAAAGAGAACGUUAGAAUGUUGGCUGAACACAAGGCGAUGAGCAAAGAGAAGGUGGAGAGAAGACUAGCACUGGGCCCAGCACCCGACGGCCGGAAAGACAUAAUGACCUACAUCCUCCGCCACAAUGACGAGAAAGGCAUGAGUCGCCAAGAGAUUAUAAGUAAUUCCGAACUUUUAAUCGUAGCCGGUAGCGAGACGACAGCUACAGCACUUUCUGGUUUGACAUACUACAUCUCAACGAACCGGCACGCGCUAGAGGCGGUUCAGCAAGAGGUCAGAGCGGCUUUCCGCACCGAGGAUGAGAUCACGAUGGCUUCCACUGCGCAUCUUAAGUAUCUGUUUGCUUGCAUCGAGGAGGCUAUGCGCAUGUAUCCGCCCGUUGUAGAGACGCCCCCUCGUAUUUCUCCCGGUGCAUUGGUGGGCGGCCACUAUAUUCCCAAAGGUACAUUCAUUACGGUUCAUCAAUGGGCCGUCCACCGCUACUCCAAGAACUUCGCUCUGCCGAAUGAGUUCAGGCCCGAGCGAUGGCUCAGUCCCGACCACCCUCGGUACGACCCGCAAUUCAGCGCAGACAACAAAGCAUCUUUUCAACCAUUCUCUUUUGGUCCGAGAAACUGCAUCGGCAAGAAUCUUGCCUAUGCUGAGCUACGACUCAUCGCUGCUCGGUUCUUCUGGAACUUCGACUUCGUGCUGCAGCCCGAGAGUGCUCACUGGCCAGACGUACAGAGAUCUUACACAGUCUGGGAAAAGAUUCCGCUGAUGGUGCAGCUAAAUCAAGUGGAGAGAAACUAGGAAGGAUACAGGUGAUCGCUCAAAUGAUGUCUGCUAGAUGUUAGUGGUUGCGACUCGUGCCUAGUUCUGCCACAGCCUCCUAUGGCAGUAAUUUGGCGUUUUGUAGGUAUUGUGAUAGUCUUCUAGGAUAAACGUCUGAAUAAAAGGAGUGUGACUGCGCGGGACCCAAUCUCGUAACAUCAAAAGCCUGGCUCAAUACGCUUAAACUGAUACUCA